CCUACUUCGGGGUUGCGGGGUAACGAGCUUAGCUAACGAGUUCGCCGUGGCCGACCGGUUGCGUUUCCUGCGCGGAAAUGGCAAUGGCAUCAGGUGCAUCGGUCACUUGAUUUAUCCCGACACGCAAUUUCCUUACCGCAAUUAAUCGUACAAAUAAGCCGUACCGUUCGAGCGUUAUCAUGUUUACGACUUACUUGUCACGAAGCUGAGGGAGUUUAUUUACCCCGAUCGUUUGACAAUUAUGGUUUACAAGCACUCUCAGUACAAAAAGCAAUACAUUAGGAAAAAAGAAUGAGGAACGCCAUAAACUUAGCUAAGUGCACGGCUUAUAUAUUUCUGCAGCGCGAAAGUCGAUUUAUAUACACGCCAUCGGACGUACCGAGAAAUAGAGUAUAAAAUAUAAAGCCAGGACAUAAUUAAAUACUUUUGGCGUCUCCUAUGAAUCUCUCACACUUCAUUUUCAUAAAAAUUUAUACAACAGAAAAUUUAUAUAAUAGAUGUCGAUUGUAAGCUGUUUACCAUUACGAGAAAAUUAUUGUUGAUAAUAGCUCAUAUUCAACUGGGGAAAGAAAUGUCUUAUCGUCUGUCUCGUCUAAAUAUAUAUUUUGAUUACUAUCGAUAAGAGAUCACAGACGUUUUCUUAAAAAGGAAAAAGUUCACGGCUGAUACGAUGAUUACUAUGCAAAAAAAAAUUAAUUAGCGAUGAAUGACCAAUGAACAUAGUUCUUAAGAGAAAAUUGACAGUAGCAAAGGAAAUAGUAAUCCGUAGAUCUAAACGCGUUGCAUUAAUAAAGAUCAGGUUUCGCAUUCGUAUUUAAUGCAGUCUUGCUCGCGCAGUCUCUGCUCGCGCCUGUGUAAAGGGUCGAAUUUUUAGUCCUUGAAGGAAUCGAGACUCGCAGGAAUGGCCAGGAGAAAGGGGGGAAGCAUUCUCUGGGGUGGGGAACGGAGAGUAAUGCAUUUUUACAGUGAAUUUUAUUUUCCAAGAUGGUCGGCACGAUGCUCCCUACUUCUUCCUUCUCUUCGCUCCUUCCGUACUGGAUUCACUGCGCAAAGACGAUGCAAUAAACCUGUAUUGCCUUUCUUUACCGUCUGCCUUGCUUACGGUGCGUCCACAACGUUUAAUGCUAUUUUACUGCUUCGGCGUCGUUUCGUGCGAUUCUACUCUCGUUAGCAAUUUUAUCGUCAGAUAUUUCCAUACAUUAUUAAUGUUUUUUUCCUACAGAUGCAAGAAAGAGAUAUGAAGAACAAAUUUCUUGAUAACAAUCUUACACGGUUUUUUCUUUUAUUUUAUACAUUAUUCCAAGAUGGUAUUGAAAAGAACGUAACUAGCUGUAGAUGAAGCAAUAUCUGUCGGCUUCAGAACAAGCGUAUCGAGGUAAACUACGUCGAUCAUCGACCAUGACUUUCCUAUGAGCUACUUACCGACGCCAGACCGUUAAUGAAUUUUAUGAAGCAUAAUGUUACUUGUAAUGUCUCGUUAUGAGGUCAGUCAGCAGCUGUUAAGUUAGUUGGAAGCGCUGUGCAUCAUUCGUUAAGAACACCUAUUUGCGGCAACAUUGUGCAUGUAAGUGUCAGCUGAUGCUGUGCGUUUAGGUGAUUGACGCGGCAGUAUCUAAGAAGAAUAAGGUGUAUUGGAGAAAACUAGUUUAAAAAAAUGUGUCUACAUACUGUACGCAAAUGAAUUCCGUACAGUAAAAUAUUUCUUGAAUAAGAAUUAUACAAGUGCGUGAGCGCGUGUACGUAUCGCGGAGAAUUUCAUCGGAAAAUUGUGGAGCAAUGCGUUCCAACUACUCUUUGGUUCAGCCACUCCUCUUCAAGGUGAUGGCCACGCGUGAACGGUCGUUGCACGAUGACCGUGGCAGUGAUGUGAUGUGACGUAAAAAGUGAAAGACGGCAGGUAUGGAUUAUUUCUAAAACUUUUAUUUUAAAAGGUGUAACAUAUUUUAAAUUUUAAAAAAUGUGCUAAGAAAUGAAAUUUAAUUAAUUAAAUAUUUUAAAAAAUUUUGCAUAAAUUUUUAUUAUCAUUAGUCAUCAGAAAGAUUUCCAAGUUUUCCAAGCACUUGUGAAUUACGACGGAUCUUGUCGCUGUAAUUUUAUCAUGAUAGAUGUGAUAUAUCAAAAGAAUGCUUUCUAAUAUUAGAAUUCGGGUCGUUUUCCGGAUCCUACGAGAUGUUUGUAAAAUCGGUACCAACGAGGAAUUCGAAAGAGGUGCGCAGAAAGGCGGCGCGCAGCGAGCCGGCAAUUCUCUUUCGAGUUCGAACCGCUCGGUUGGUUGGAGGGAAAUCAUACGGUUGCUUGUGCGGGUCCGAAUAACACGUAUUUCGUGUAGUCUCACAUAGGAGGUCCAAGAGAAGACAGAGUGAAAAAGGUUGGUCGAAAGAAAAAGGAUCGUCAGUGUCGAUGAGUCCGGGUGGUGGUAAACCGGUCUGAGAAUGAAGCCGAUUGGCCGGAUCCUGGCGUAUGUGCUAUUGGCAGCUGCAUUUACGAAAAAAGUGCAUGCAACGAGUGCCGCGAACGUCAAAUUUUCAAGGGACAGUAACAAAAUCGCGCGAUGUAAUACUACAAAACUGGAGUUGAUUUCGAAACCAGCGCCGCUGAAUCCAGACGUCGAUGGUCUUCGAAGUAUCCUGGUUAACGCAUUCGGAAGCAAACCAGUUCAAGAAAUUGAACUUACGGAGUUUCGCACUUUUGGAGGACCUGGAAAAAGACUUCAAUUCAUGCUGAUGCCGAUGAUGUACAAAAUGGGAGUAAUGAUGACUAUGUUAAUGGUGAUAACAGCGAUCUCAGCGAAAGGACUUCUUAUUGGCCUCAUGGUGCUGGUACUUAAACUUAGCACCUUUCUGGCGAAAUUUCAUUCCGGAUGGCACACACCGCAGCCUUGGCCCUCACCGCAACCAGUUCACGUGCAUGUUCAUAGUACUUUGCCACACAUGCACCCACAAAUAUACCAAAACUGGGAGGCGAGUGGUCCCGCGGAGGACCAAUAUUACCCAUAUUAUAAAGGAUAAAAAUCAUAUAAAUUGCAUGUUAUUUCGAUCAAGAGAUUUUUAUUGAAAAGCUGUUAACGAAAAGAAGGUCAUGAUGAAACGUGAUAGUCGUAGUCAACAGAAGCCACAUUAUUUAUAGAAUUUUAGAGAUAAUCUUCGUUUCCUCGUAUCCAUUAAUUUAUUCUGAUGAUGUUAAGUCCUCAUUAUGGCUGUAGAUAUUAAUAUUUACAAUGUCUGUAUUUCCUGCAUCAGAUGCUAUUUAUUGGUAGCGCUUAUUCGUGCAAAAAAUAAGAUUUAAAAUACCAAUAACGAAUAGAUUGUAACGUAUUAGAGGUAAAUUAUGCUGUGACAUACUAACCGAUUUCUCCGCAUAUUUUGUUGCAAAUUAAAUUUGUACAAGAUACCAAAGGAAUUUCCCAAACUUAUAAUAAUAAUUAUAAUUAUAUUAUAAUUAUAUUAUUUACAUUACAUAUAAUUAUAAUUAUAAUUAUAAUUAUAAGUAAGAAUUAUAAGAUCGCAGAGUAUAAACAAUCACAAAGUUCCUUUACUGAAGGAAAUACAAGUAGCGUUUUUAUAACGCAAUAAAUAUGUAAUUAUUUAUUGAUAAAUUAUUAUAACAUUUGUUACACAUGUGAGAUGUGCCACGCUACGCACCUUUAAAAUACGUAAGAGAUGAUAAUGUCUUAUGCACAUGGCAAGACGAA